AUGUCUAACCACCAUCGCAAUCUACGAGAACUCUUUUCUUCUAAAUACUCUAAACCAUUUUCUAAUUUUCCUUCAGAUAGAUUACGAAUAGGAAAAUCUCCAAUAGCUGUUGGCAACUUUAUUCAAUACGCAUAAAAAAAGAAUGCUGAAGACAAAUAACAAAGAAAUCAUACUCCAGUACAUACCCCAAACAAAAUAAGAAUAGCUUAAGUAAACAUUAAUGAAUAUGCAUUACCUUACAAAAAUCCUUAACACAGUUUUUUUAGUAAAGAUAGUAAUAGAUCAAGAUCAAAAAGUCCAAUGCAAUUAUCAAUAUAAAAAUCUCCAAAGCAAUCUACAAUAGAUUCGAAAAAGAUUUUUGAAAAUGAAGAUUCAUUGAAUUUGAAUAGAUAAACAUCACAAAAACUAUCAAAUCAUAAUAAAUUUGCUAGUGCUAACCUAAAAAUCAAUUUAAAUGAAGUUCCACAUAUAAAAAUACCAUAGGUGAGUUCUACAACAAAAAUAAAAGCGAAUAUUUAAAAUUUUGAGAGCAUCUUUAAUUCUUUGCUUGUGAAAUAUGAUUCAAUUUAAUAAUAAUAGUCUUAAGCACGUCCAGCAAUAAAAAAAGUGUAUAAGGAUGAAUAAGAAGAUGAAGAAUUAUAGAUAGAUACAUAAAUAUGUGUAACAAAGUCUAGUUUUGCUUUUCAUUUUGUAAUAGGAAAAGGAGGAUUCGGAAGAGUGUGGAAAGUUGAAUUAAAAAAAAGUAGAACUUAAUUUGCAAUGAAAGAGAUGUCUAAAGCUAAAAUAAUUGCUAAAAGAAGUGUAAAUUCUGUUAUGAAUGAAAGGAAUUUAUUAGCAUAAUUUAAACAUCCUUUUUUGAUUAAUAUGAAUUACUGUUUUUAAGAUAGAGAUAAUUUAUAUUUAGUAAUGGAUCUUUUAACUGGAGGUGAUCUUAGAUAUCAUAUAGGACGUUUAAGAAGAUUUAAAGAACAUUAAACUAAAUUUUUUGUUGCUUGUGUUAUUUUAGCAUUAGAAUACUUACAUAAUUCAAAUGUUAUUCAUAGAGAUGUUAAACCAGAAAACAUUGUACUUGAUAAUAAUGGUUAUGCUAGAUUAACUGAUUUAGGAAUAGCAAGAAUAUGGAAAUCUGAAAAUUCAUAAGAUACAAGUGGAACACCAGGAUAUAUGGGUAUAAUUGUAUAUUAUUAUUAUAUAUAGCACCUGAAGUUAUGUGUAGAUAAAAUCAUACCAUUGCUGUUGAUUAUUUUGCUUUAGGAAUUAUGACUUAUGAAUUUAUGUUAGGUAGAAGACCAUAUAAUGGAAGAACAAGAUAAGAAAUUAGAGAUUAAAUUCUAACUAGACAAAUCUAAGUUAAAAGAAGUGAGUUGCCUGAUGAUUGGUCUAUUGAUGCCGCUGAUUUCAUUAAUAAAUUAAUAUAACGUAAACCUAUUAAUAGACUUGGAUUUAAUGGACCUAAUGAAGUUAAAUCACAUCCAUGGAUUCAAAAUUUCCCAUGGACUAAAUUACUCAAUAAAGAGAUCUAAUCUCCUUUCAUACCUCCUGUAUAUUAACAAUUUUAUUUUAUUAGCCAAUACAAGAAAAUCUAGAUUAUAUUAAUAAUAUUAGUGAUGAUAAUGAUACUUAAGAUGAAUAAAUUGUAGAAAAUAGAUUAUUAUUAAAAAAGAAUUCUGUUUAAAGUAAAAAUUAUAUAAAUAUAUAUUUUAAGAUUUAUUUUAUGGAUAUAGCUAUGAUUAAAAUAUCUAAACUUAAUUUAAAAAUACCAAAAGUACAAGUAGCACUUUAGUAGUUAAUUGA